AUGGCCUGCCAAUCAUCGAUCUCGUACACUUCGCUCCCUGAUAGCGAAUGUGGUGAUGAUAACCUUGCAUUCACACGGGCGAAGAAACGAGUGCGCGGCCCCAAUUGGAAGCUCUUGGCAAUCGUCAGCAUCAUCACAAACCUCGCCGCGGUUUCUAUCAUCUUAGGCCGCCUUUCACCCCGCUGGCUUACCCAGCAAGAAUGUCAUCUGGAUUCGGAAUCUCUCUGGGGUCACCGCGUACCGUGGAAGAAAGUGAUCCUCGAAAACCAGCAGGAAUUCAUCGACAGCGAUCCGUGGGACAGCAAGUUCGGAGGAGAUGGGACAGCAUCUGUGGACAAGGGGCCCAACCCGUGGGACAGUAUAUGGUUCACCAACUGGGUGGCGCUGGAAGAUGACCCAGCCGCAAAAGGCUACGGCUUCGGAACUCCGUUAACUGGGCCCGAUUCCGAAGGAAACGAUCUCGAUCCAAUUCCAUGGAAGGAAGGGUCCCAGGCCUUUGGUAUCGGGGUCAUGCAUCAGCUCCACUGCGUGGCAAGCAUAAAGAAGUCCAUCAACGACUACAGGUACACCGGAGGAAGCCGGGGUUCGAAUUCGACCAAGACAAUGGGCCACAUCGAUCACUGUCUCGAGGUUCUGCGCCAGGCAACCAUUUGCCAUGGGGACAUGGCGCUGAUAAGGCCCAAUGUUCGCGGAAAGAGGUACACCGGCUACGACGGUUGGGGGAACGAGCACCUUUGCCGAGACUGGGGGGCAAUCAAAGACAUUUUGAAAGAUCAUGGAAUUCAUUACAUAGUGGGCAACGGGGUGCAAGGUUGGACACACUACGAACACAGUACGACUUAG